UCCACACACACACACACACACACACAAACACACGCACGCACACACACACACACGCACGUGCGGACGGGACAGAUGGCGGAUUCACAGCGAGCAGCCCAACCCGUCAACUUUGUGCAUCAAGACGAAAUCUGGAAAGCACAUUUAAAAGCUGAGAAGGAUUCGGCCAAAGUGUGGCCCAACAAGUGGGGCUUUCUGACAGAGGCCUACAAGGAGUACAAGAGGGAGAGUGUGAAGCUGAAGGAGGGGGUCAAAGAGAAGCAUCCACAUCAUCACCUGGCGGCACGACCUCCGACCCCUCCGGGAGAAAACAUCAAUGUUGGACCUUCUCCUCCGGUUCCUCAGACGUCUCAGGCCCUGAUCGGGUGGCGUUCGGGGCAAUCGCAUCUUCAGCUGGAGAAGUAUGCCACGGUGCGUUAUGGGAGGCGUAGUUUUCUGAAGGAGGUGGACUGGCCAUUAGACUUGUGAAGCUGAGUUAGUGACUCAUUAAGCUACAAGGAUGUAUUAAAUAAAGUACUUUAACCUUGCAUCCUUUCUGGCUGCAAAAAAGUGUGAUAUAUAGUCCAUGAGAAAAUCUAAUAUGUUUGUUUAAAGUCCAGCAGUUGGACAUUUAAAAUGAAAAAGAUGAGUAGUUG